AUGGCAAUCCAUUGCCCUUCCUUCACCGUCGACUCCCCCAACGUAGUCUACACAGACACCCACAUCGAGGCUUCCUACGAUUACCACACCACGGACAUCUCCCAGGCUCGUGACGGCCAAUGGGUGGUCACUCCCAGGACGGUCAAGUACAACUUCAAGACCGACAGGCGAGUACCCAAGCUCGGCGUCAUGCUGGUCGGUUGGGGUGGCAACAACGGCACUACCGUCACCGCUGGUAUCCUUGCCAACAAGCAUGGUAUCACAUGGGAGACCAAAGACGGUCUUCAACAUCCCAACUACUACGGUUCGGUCACUCAAGCCUCUGUGGUUCGUCUCGGCAACAUUAACGGUAAGGAAGUGUACACCCCUAUGAACAAGUUGGUGCCUAUGGUCGAUCCCAAUGACGUUGUGCUCGGGGGCUGGGAUAUCAGUGGUUUCAACAUGUACGCUGCAAUGAAACGAGCCAAGGUGUUGCCGAGUGAUCUACAAAACAAACUCAGGCCUAUGAUGGAGAAUAUAGUUCCGCUUCCUGGCAUUUACGAUCCAGCUUUUAUCGCGGCUAACCAAGAGGAUCGUGCUGACAACAUUAUGCCAAAAACGAUGACAAAACGCGAUCAGAUUGAAUGCGUCAAGAAAGAUAUUCGCGACUUCAAAGCGGCCAAUGGCUGCGAUAAGAUUGUUGUUCUAUGGACGGCUAACACUGAGCGUUACGCUGACAUAAUACCAGGGGUUAACACGACCAAGGCUGAGCUCAUUGACGCAGUAUCUCGAAACGAGGCUGAAAUCGCUCCCAGCACUUUGUAUUGCAUGGCUUGCCUGGAAGAGGGCGUUCCCUUCGUAAAUGGUUCCCCGCAGAAUACCUAUGUCCCUGGUCUCAAGGAGAUGGCUGAGAACAUCCCUGGUGCGGUCAUUGCUGGUGAUGAUUUCAAGUCCGGCCAGACCAAGAUGAAGUCUGUCUUGGUCGACUUCUUGAUCGGCGCGGGAUUGAAGCCCACGUCUAUUGUUAGCUAUAAUCAUCUCGGAAAUAACGAUGGGAAAAACCUAUCGGCUCCUCAGUGCUUCCGCUCGAAGGAGAUUUCCAAGUCAGACGUUGUGAAUGACAUGGUGAACAGCAAUGCCCUAUUGUAUAAGAAAGCUGAGCAUCCGGACCACUGUGUCGUUAUCAAGUACGUGCCGGCGGUGGGCGACUCUAAGCGUGCUAUGGACGAGUACACUUCACAAAUUUUUAUGAAUGGCCUCAACACAAUCGUUAUGCACAAUACCUGUGAAGAUUCUCUUCUCGCAGCUCCACUGAUCAUCGACUUGGUCCUCUUGGCCGAGUUGAUCACUCGUAUCAAGCUUGCCAAGGACGGAGAGGAGCUGCGUGGUAUGCAUCCUUUCGGUGUGAUUCUAAGCUACUUGACCAAGGCUCCAUUGGUUCCUGAUGGAACACCCUGCAUUAAUUCGCUGGCCAAACAGCGUGCAAUGCUAGAGAAUGUAUUGAAGGCGUGCGUUGGCCUUCCUCCUGACAACAACAUGCUGCUAGAGUUCAAGUAG